AUGCAGCCCUGGCAGUGCCUCCGGCGCUUUGCCCUGGCCUGGUGGGAGAGGACCGCGGAGGGCCGUGCCCGCUCUCCCAGGGAGGAGGCUGGACCGAGGGACGCUGGGGGCCGAGGGGAGCCAGAUCCCGAGCGGAGCAGCCCCCCCAUGCUGUCUGCGGACGAUGCCGAGUACCCGAGGGAGUACCGGACCCUGGGGGGCGGGGGCGGCGGGGGCAGCGGGGGCCGGCGCUUCUCCAACGUGGGGCUGGUGCACACGUCUGAGCGGCGACACACAGUGAUCGCUGCCCAGAGCCUGGAGGCGCUCAGCGGGCUCCAGAAGGCCGAUGCCGACCGCAAGCGCGAUGCCUUCAUGGACCACCUGAAGAGCAAGUACCCGCAGCACGCCCUGGCCCUGCGAGGCCAGCAGGACCGCAUGCGAGAACAGGUUGGCGGCUGGACCGUGGACCCUGUGUGCCUCCUCAGCUCCCUCUGCUCCCACCUCCAUGGCGACUCCGCCCCCUCCGGGGCUGGCCAGCCGGCCCAGCAGCCAAACUACUGGAGUUUCAAGACCCGCAGCUCACGCCACACUCAGGGAGCGCAGCCAGGGCUGGCAGACCAGGCAGCCAAGCUGUCCUACGCUUCGGCUGAGUCGCUGGAGACCAUGUCGGAGGCAGAGUUGCCCCUGGGCUUCAGCAGGAUGAACCGCUUCCGACAGAGCCUGCCCCUCUCCCGUUCUGCCAGCCAGACCAAGCUUCGUUCACCAGGGGUGCUGUUCCUGCAGUUUGGGGAGGAGACGCGGCGCGUGCACAUCACGCACGAGGUCAGCAGCCUGGACACGCUACACGCACUCAUCGCGCACAUGUUCCCGCAGAAGCUCACCAUGGGCAUGCUGAAGUCGCCCAACACCGCCAUCCUCAUCAAAGACGAGGCGCGCAACGUCUUCUACGAGCUGGAGGAUGUCCGAGACAUCCAGGACCGCAGUAUUAUCAAGAUCUAUAGGAAAGAGCCUCUGUACGCUGCUUUCCCUGGCUCUCACCUCACCAACGGAGACCUCCGGAGAGAGAUGGUGUACGCGUCGCGGGAGUCGUCGCCCACGCGGCGCCUCAACAACCUGUCGCCGGCCCCGCACCUGGCGUCUGGUUCGCCGCCACCGGGGCUGCCGUCGGGGCUGCCCUCGGGCUCGCCAUCCCGCUCACGCCUCUCGUACGCGGGGGGACGGCCGCCCUCUUACGCGGGCAGCCCGGUGCACCACGCGGCCGAGCGGCUGGGCGGCGCCCCGGCUGCCCAGGGCGUCAGCCCCAGCCCCAGCGCCAUCCUGGAGCGGCGGGACGUGAAGCCGGACGAGGACCUGGCGGGCAAGGCGGGCGGCAUGGUGCUGGUGAAAGGCGAGGGUCUCUACGCCGACCCCUACGGGCUGCUGCACGAGGGCCGCCUGAGCCUGGCGGCGGCGGCCGGGACCCGUUCGCCUACCCCGGCGCGGGCGGCCUGUACAAGCGCGGCUCGGUGCGCUCGCUCAGCACCUACUCGGCGGCGGCGCUGCAGUCGGACCUGGAGGACUCCCUGUACAAGGCGGCCGGCGGCGCGGCCGCUCUACGGCGACGGCUACGGCUUCCGCCUGCCGCCCUCGUCGCCGCAGAAGCUGGCCGACGUGGCGCCGCCGCCCGGGGGACCCCCGCCCCCGCACAGCCCCUACUCGGGGCCCCCCAGCCGCGGCUCCCCCGUGCGCCAGUCCUUCCGCAAAGACUCGGGAUCCUCCUCCGUCUUCGCCGAGAGUCCCGGAGGCAAGAGCCGCAGCACCGGGGGCGCCUCCACGGCGGGAGCCCCGCCCCCGGAGCUCUUCCCGGGGCCCGGGGAGCGCUCCCUCGUGGGGUUCGGACCACCGCCCGCCAAGGACACGGAGACCAGAGAGCGCAUGGAGGCCAUGGAGAAGCAGAUCGCCAGCCUCACCGGCCUGGUGCAAAGUGCCCUACUACGAGGCUCAGAGCCUGAGACCCCAAGUGAGAAGAUUGAAGGCUCCAAUGGAGCAGCCACCCCCUCAGCAGCAUGUGGGUCUGGUAGUCGGAGCAGCGGGGCCACCCCAGUUUCUGGCCCUCCCCCACCCUCAGCCAGCAGCACUCCUGCAGGGCAGUCCACUGCUGUCAGCCGUUUGCAGAUGCAGCUGCACCUGAGGGGCUUGCAGAACAGCACCAGUGACCUGCGCGGUCAGCUGCAGCAACUGCGCAAGCUCCAGCUCCAGAACCAGGAGUCGGUGCGCGCGCUGCUGAAGCGCACCGAGGCGGAGCUGAGCAUGCGCGUGUCGGAGGCGGCCCGGCGGCAGGAGGACCCACUGCAGCGGCAGCGCACCCUGGUGGAGGAGGAGCGGCUGCGCUACCUCAACGACGAGGAGCUCAUCACCCAGCAGCUCAAUGACUUGGAGAAGUCAGUGGAGAAGAUCCAGAGGGACAUAUCUCACAACCAUCGGCUGGUGCCCGGCCCUGAGCUGGAGGAGAAGGCACUGGUGCUGAAGCAGCUCGGAGAAACACUGACAGAGCUUAAGGCUCACUUCCCAGGCUUGCAGAGCAAGAUGCGGGUAGUGCUGCGUGUAGAGGUGGAGGCGGUGAAAUUCCUGAAGGAGGAGCCACAGCGCCUGGACGGGCUCCUCAAGCGCUGCCGUGGGGUCACAGACACACUAGCCCAGAUCCGCAGGCAAGUGGACGAGGGUGUGUGGCCACCCCCCAACAACCUCCUCACUCAGUCCCCCAAGAAGGUGACUGCGGAGACAGACUUCAACAAGGGCUUGGACUUUGAAAUGCCACCCCCUAGUCCCCCACUGAACCUCCAUGAGCUGACUGGACCAGUUGAAGGAGCCCCUCUCACCCCUAAGAGCAGCAACCCCAGCAAAGGCCUGGACACUCCUGGCAAGAGAAGCAUGGACAAGGCUGUGUCUGUUGAGGCUGCUGAGCGAGACUGGGAGGAGAAGAGGGCAGCUUUGACCCAGUACAGCGCCAAGGACAUCAAUCGGCUGCUGGAGGAGACGCAGGCUGAGCUGCUCAAGGCCAUCCCUGACUUGGACUGUGCCAGCAAGGCCCAUCCGGGCCCCACCCCCACUCCAGACCACAAACCCCCCAAGGUGCCCCACGGCCAGAAGGCAGCCCCUCGAACGGAGCCCAGUGGAAGGAGGGGCUCAGAUGAACUGACGGUGCCCCGAUACCGCACAGAGAAGCCCUCCAAAUCACCCCCUCCUCCCCCUCCCCGCCGGAGCUUUCCUUCCUCCCACGGCCUGACUACCACGCGCACGGGAGAGGUGGUGGUCACCAGCAAGAAAGACUCAGCCUUCAUCAAGAAAGCUGAGUCUGAGGAGCUGGAGGUGCAGAAACCCCAGGUGAAGCUACGCCGGGCCGUGUCUGAGGUGGCCCGCCCUGCAUCCACACCACCCAUCAUGGCUUCUGCCAUCAAGGAUGAGGAUGAUGAGGACCGCAUCAUCGCAGAGCUGGAGAGUGGCAGCGGCAGCGUGCCACCCAUGAAAGUGGUGACUCCCGGGGCCUCUCGGCUGAAGACGACCCAGGGCCAAGUGGGCAGUCCUGACAAAGGCAAGCACAGCAAACAGAGGGCUGAGUACAUGAGGAUCCAGGCCCAGCAGCAGGCCACUAAACCAUCUAAAGAGAUGAGCGGGUCGAAUGAGACCUCGAGCCCAGUCUCAGAAAAGCCCUCGGGUUCCAGAACCUCCAUCCCUGUAUUGACUUCCUUUGGGGCGAGGAAUUCUUCCAUCUCCUUCUAGAAGCCCCUCCCAUCUCCCUCCCAGCCUGUGCCCUCCCUCACUCCCGCCAUCACCCCUCACUUCCUCCAUCUCCACUCCACCUCACCCUCCAAAGGCUCGCCACGUGUGUGGGGCCCUCCUCGGACCUCGUAUUCAUCCCCCAUUGGUGUUUUUGGUUUUUAAAAUAAAUCACAAUUAUCUUUUUUUUUUUUAAUUUUUAAAAGCAAAAGAG